AGGAUAAUAAUUAAGAACCUUCAGGUUUCAGCAAUGGAGUUGUAAUUAGAAACCAAACUAUGGCACCAGUCUACUUCACUAUUCUUCUUCUUGUAUCAUUUCUGUACACUUGCGAUGCUGCUGACCCUUUAGGCAACCUAUGCAAUGGAGGAGCUAGCAGCAGCAGAGCUGUAUCAGUCAAUAUCGAUUACUUACUCUCAGACUUAGUUUCAGAAGCUUCCACUUCAGGUUACAGUGCUACCUCCUUCGGCAAUGGCAGGGAUAAAGUGUAUGGCCUGGCACAAUGCAGGGGUGAUGUGAGCAGCAGAGACUGCUCCGAUUGCCUGGAAAACGCGGCCAAAGAAACCCGCCGACGCUGUCCUGCCAAAGUUGAUGCAAGAAUUUGGUAUGACUUUUGUUUGUUAAGGUAUAACAAGGAGAAUUUCAUUGGAAAGCUUGACACUUCUUAUGCGAUUGUCUACUUCAAUGUUGAGAAUGUUACAGACCCACGUCCUGAAGAUUUCAACAGAAAACUAGGUGCUUUGAUAGAUAAGAUUAGAUCAGAAGCUGUUGUUCCAAAGAAUCAAGGACUUGGCAAAGGUGAAACUAAACUGUCCCCAUUUACUACACUUUAUGCUUUGGCGCAAUGCACAAGGGAUCUUGCUGCAAUAGAUUGUGCUCAGUGUGUAGCCAUCGCAGUUGGCAAUUUCCCAAAAUACUGCAGCAACAGGAAAGGUUGCCGGGCAAUAUAUACUAACUGUUACGUUCGGUACGAGCUCUACCCAUUUUUCUUCCCUUUCGAUUCAAGCAACCCUUCAACGUCAUCAGUUGAUACUACAAAUGCUGUAACGGUUCAUGCAUAGAUUUGCAAGCACCAGUCUGUUGUAUCAAGCAUAAAAAUUCUUCUGUGAGAAAUAAAAUUGAGCUAUCAACAGUACUAAUUAUAUGCUUAGUGUUAUUUUUAAGUGUGUAAUGGCACUUGGACUGUCACAAAAAUGAGAGUUUACUCUUGUUUCUUAUGUGCAUUGUCCCAUACGGUGCAUGAAGAUUACUUGUUCUAAUGAAAUAACUUAUUUUUGGUUAA